AUGAGUAGUGUGGUUUUGGCAACUACUCCGGAAAGCGGAGCACCAGUGGGCUCCCCGACACCAUCAUCCUAUUGUGAGCUUAUGAGCGAAUUUAGCACAAGCCCGGCUAGUUUGGCAGCGGCAUCACCACCGGAUCCAUCGAACGCAAAUCUGAAACCUGCGAGGUCUCGUUCCACAUCGGUUGCAAGUGAGGGCGAGCCGGUAGCGUCCACCAGUCCGAAGACCAAACCAAAUAUAAUUGUUGCGAAGAAUAUGCCAUUUGCAAAUCUACUGACAGUAUCGUACACUGGUGUAUUGUUCCCAUUACCCGAAGAAAUUAUGGGAAGGAAGAAAAGUCAUUCCGAAUCGGCAAUUUUAGAGGGAAACGGCAAUACCGAGGUUCCACUUAGAGCUGAUUCUUUUGCGAAUUUGAUGUGCGCUGCUGUUCCUGGUGCGGCUAACGAAGAGCAUAAGGAAACCAAAGUGUCCACCGAAGAGAAUGUGAAAGUCGAAACUGAAGUGACCAAAGGCGAGGAGGAGCUGAAAGCUGACGAUGCUGAAAAACCCGCUGUGAAAGUCAGUUUUGAUUUGGAAUGCAGUGAGAGAACACUUGUCGACCCAGAUAGUGAUAGCCAGACUGAAUCGCGGAAGGAUGACGUGGGAGACCCAGAGGAAUCCGUAGCCACACUAAAACGCUCCACAGCAGAUGCCGAGGAAGUAGUCGCCACAUCCGAUGACGACUCGUUCGUGAAGAUCCCAUUGUUCGGUCGAACAUCAGCCGGUGAAGCAGCACAAGAAGGAGAGCUGGAUACGCAUUUGACCGAAUUUGUAACAUCGUGUAAAGCGGCACCGCCACUAAUUGCUGUGCCACAAGAAUGGGACACUUUAAGUGACAUUCAGAGUUUGGUGAGUGCUUCACGAGUUUUUUUUUGUUUUGACAUUUCCCAAACCUUACUUUUUUUGUUAUCCUAAAA